ACAGCAGGCCAUUGCCAGCCACAGUUGCAUUGAGAUUCGAGUUGCAUUACUCAUUAUUCAAUACAUAACAUGCAUUUUUAUAAUUGAAAUUUAUUUAUAAACAAUAACAACAACAACAAGUAGUUAUUAUUAAUAAUAAAAGAAAUGCAGUUACACAAUUUAACAAUCAAUUUAUUAAAUUAUAAUAAAAAAAUUUCCCGCGUGUUGUUACAUUUAUUAUUAUUAUUUAUUUUUUAAUAAUAAAAAUUAUCAUCUAGUGUUAUAACAAUAAACAAUGUGAUUAUUAUUAUCAAGUGUUUUAUUAUCAAGUGCAAGUGAUGAUUAUUUAAUUUAUUGAUAAAAUUUAUUUGAGUUUUUUGUUGGUGUUUUUUUUUUGUAUUAGAAGGAGAUCUUUUUUUUAUUUUUUGACACAAUCAUUUCCCUUUUUUCCACCAUGGUUGCCAAGCAUUUUACUCAGGGCUCCAGGCCGGAGUCUGGUGUUCCAGAUAUGACUGUCAUAAGUGACAUUGACGAAAUUGGAAUAAAUCAAAAUCUUCAAGUUCGUUACUCUCGAGAUCAAAUAUACACAUACACUGGUUCAAUUCUCGUUGCUGUUAAUCCUUACAAGGAAGUUGAUGCUUACACAAUGGAACAUGUUCAACGUUAUCAUGGACAAAAAAUGGGUGCAUUGGAGCCUCAUGUAUUUGCUCUUGCUGAGGCAGCAUAUCGUUCACUUGAAAAUACUGGAACUAAUCAGAGUUGUGUUAUAUCUGGUGAAUCUGGUGCUGGUAAAACUGAAACAACAAAAUUUAUAUUACAAUAUUUAUGCUCGGUAACGAGUAAUGUUGAUACUUGGGUUGAACAACAAAUUCUUGAAGCAAAUACAAUACUUGAAGCUUUUGGUAAUGCAAAAACAGUAAGAAAUGACAACAGUUCACGUUUUGGUAAAUUUAUGCAAGUGUGUUUCGACAGUAAAUGGAUGAUAAAAGGUUGUAUUAUACAAGAUUAUUUACUUGAACAAUCAAGAAUAACAUUUCAAAGUCCUGGUGAACGUAAUUAUCAUGUAUUUUAUCAACUUGUUGAGGGUGGUAUACGUGACAAAGAAUUUGCUGAACAAUAUAAAUUAGUAUCAGCUGACAAUUACAAAUAUUUAAAUCAAUCUGGUUGUAUUAAAAUUGAUGGUAUAUCUGAAAAUAAAAAACUAGAUGCAUUAAGAUUGGCAUUUAAUGUACUUCAAGUACCAUCAGAAAUGUGUGAGGGUAUUUAUCGUGUAUUAUCAGCAAUAUUAUGGCUUGGUAAUUUAUGUUUUGAUGACAUUGACGGUGAACGUUGUCAGUUGACAAAUAAAGACAUUGAAAUUAUUGAAAAAAUAGCACCAUUGCUGGGUUUAAAUAUUGAUGAUUUAACACGUGUUGUAUUGGUACGACAAAUAAAUGUACGUGGUAAUAUUACGGAAAUACCAUUGAAGGUACAAGAGGCAAGAGAAAAUCGUCAUGCAAUGGCAAAAGCAUUAUAUUCACGUACAUUUGUAUGGCUUAUAAAUCAUAUUAAUAAUUGCACAAAUCCAGGACAAGAUAUAUCAAGAUUUCUUGGUGUUCUUGAUAUAUUUGGUUUUGAAAAUUUUGCAGUCAAUAGCUUUGAACAAUUAUGUAUUAAUUAUACAAAUGAAAAAUUACAUAAAUUUUUUAAUCAUUAUGUAUUUGCAAUUGAACAAGAAUUAUAUAGACAAGAAGAAAUACAAUAUUCACAUAUAACAUUUACUGAUAAUACAUUGUGUCUUGAAUUAAUUGAAAAACCACCAAGAUGUGUACUUAAAUUAUUAACUGAACAAUGUCAUAUGCCAAAAGGUUCUGAUUUAGCAUAUUUAACAAAUUUACAUGCUGAAUUUGAUGGACAUUUGUGUUAUGUUAAAGGUGAUGAUCGUAGAAAAUGGGAAAAAGAAUUUGGUGUUAAACAUUAUGCUGGUUGUGUGACAUAUACUGUUGCUGGUUUUGUUGAAAAAAAUCGUGAUGUACAACAAGAUGUAUUUUUUGAUUUUAUGUCAAGAAGUACAAAUGAAUUUGUACAAGAAAUAACUGUUUAUCAAGAUUUACUUAGUUGUACUGUUGCAAGAGCAUCUGGUAAUAUGACAACAAUGUCACGUGGAACAACAAAAGGUAAACCAACAUUAUGUGAUUCAUUUAGAUAUCAAUUACAAGCACUAGUUGAUGUAUUACAAGGUACAACACCAUGGUAUGCACGUUGUAUUAAACCAAAUAUGCAAAAAAUACCAGAUAAUUAUGAUGAAAAAUUGGUACUUGAUCAAUUAAAAUAUUUAGGAAUGCUUGAUAUUAUUAGAAUAAGAAAAGAAGGAUUUCCAAUUCACAUGCCAUUUAGUGAAUUUGUUGCUAGAUAUCGUUGUCUUGUUAAGGGACGUACAAUGCUACCAAAAGAUGAUCGUGAAGCAACAAGAUGUUUAAUUCGUAGUCAGGGUAUACCUGAUACUGAAUGGCAAAUUGGACGUACUAAAGUUUUUUUAAGAAGUUAUGUACAUGAACCAUUUGAAGAUUCACGUAAUCGUAUGGUUACAACAAAUGCUAUUAUUAUACAAAAAAUAUGGAAAGCAUAUGUUGCCAGAAAACAAUAUAAACAAAUACGUGAUGCUGCAUUAAAAGUACAACAUGCAUAUCGUGGUUGGAAAUUACGUAUUAUGUUUAUUAAAAAAAGACGUGCAGCUAUUGUUAUACAAUCACAUUUACGUGGUGUAUUUGCACGUGAAGUUGCUGCUGCGCUACGUGAAAUGAGAAGAGUUGAUGAAGAAAUGCGUAAACGUGAACGUAUUGAAGAAGAACGUAAAUUAAUGGAAGAUAAAAAAGCACUUGAAGAUAGUCAAAGCACUCAAUACAAUGGUAUUGUUGGAAUGGAAUCUGGAAAAGCACAAGAAGAAAUGGCUGCACUUUCACAAAUGGCAGAACAAUUAAAUUCAAAAAUGGCAACAACAGAAAUACAAUCAGUUGAUUUGGAUAAUUUAUUUUCAUUUUUAUCCGAUGUACAGUCAACAAAGAGUCAUCAAAUAAUUGAAGAAAUUGGUGAACGUAUGGAUGAACUUGUUACUGAUCUUGAUGCUGAAUUAGAAACAGUUAUACAAAUGGAAAUGGAAAUGAUUGCAAAAUCUGAUUCAAAAAUGUCAAAUUUAAAUUCAUCUGAUGGUAAUAUAAGAAAUGGAAAUGUUAAAUUAGGCCAACCAAGUUUACCAGAACCAACAGAACCACCUCCACCACCACCGCCACCACCACUACCAUCAGCAUUACCAUUGCCUACAAAUAAUGGUGUUGGUGUUGAGCCUGUUGUCACUUCAAACAUACCAGUAUCUACUUCUGUAUUAAGUGACUCAUCUGAAGACAAUACUGAGCCAAUUUACGAGUCAGUACUUCCAAGAGAUGAAAAUGACCCAGCAAGUCCAGUAGUAAUUAAUACAAAUGGAAAUACAGCUGGAACACCAACAUUAAAAAUACCAAAUGGUGCUAAUAACAAUAUUAGCAAUAUUAGCAAUGGUGGUAUUUGUGAAAGUGGAUGUGCUUUACCACCUCCAAUUCCACCAAGUAAAAUUAUCAUCAAAGCACCAGUUAUUGUUGGAACACCAGCAAUACGACCAGAAGCAGCAAGAAAUUUAGUUAAUAUUAAUAAUGCUAUUAAUCAUAAUAACAACAUCAACAACAAUAAUAAUAUUAUCAACAAUAACAACAACAACAAUAAUAAUAACAUAGCUUAUCGUCAUCAUCAACAACAACAGCAGCAGCAGCAGCAAGUAACAAUACCACAGCAACAACAACAACAUCAACAAGCACAAAUUCAACAAUCAAUUAACAAUGAUCAACAAUUAAAUCAACAACCAGCUGAACGUGAACAACGUCGUAAAACAAGAGUCGAGAAAAAAUUACAAGAACUUGAAGAUAAAAAAGAAAGUAUUGAACCAGAAAUAUUGUAUCAUGAUAUUGUUGAAUUUGCUCAAAAUUAUUUUAAUAGUCAUGAAAAAUCACCAGAGGGUACAAUAAUGGCAACAUUAACACGUAAAUCACGUGGUAAAAUUGUUGAAUUUAUACCAAAAUAUGAAAUGGUUACGUAUUACAAAGGUUCAAGUAUUCCAAAUUCUCAUAUACACAUGUAUGAUCCAGAUAAUGUUAAUACAGCAUGUACAAUGUUUCGUGAUUUGUGUAAAUAUUUACGUGGUGAAAUGAAACAAGAACAAGAAAGUAUUGUUAUACAAACAAUAAUUGGUCAUGGUAUUGAACGUGAAGAAUUACGUGAUGAAAUAUUAGUACAAUGUAUGCGUCAAUCAACAAAUAAUCCAAAUAUUGAAUGGACAGAACGUGUAUGGUUGUUGUUGUGUUUGGCAAUUGUUGCAUUUCAACCAAGUAAAAUAUUGUAUAAAUAUUUUGUAUCAUUUUUAAAGAAAAAUUUAAUACUCGAGGGUAAAUUACGACAGUAUGUACAAUGGUGUAUUGAUAAUUGUAAAAAUACAAAGGUAUCAUGUCGACAAUAUCCACCAUCAACAGUUGAAAUUGCAGCAAUGCGUCGUCUUGGUACAAUUGUUUGUAGAUUUUUCUUUUUAGAUGGACGUACUAAAGCAAUUGAUGUACAUCCAACAGAUACUGCUGCUGAUGCUGCAGCAAAACUUGCUGAAAAAUUAGGUCUUCGUUCACUUGAAGGCUGGGCAAUAUAUCAAAGUAGACCAGAUGGUGAAGAGCAUGUACGUGCACAUGAUUAUCUUUAUGAUGUUAUUGCUGCAUGGGAAGUUAAAUCAUGUAAAUUAAAUACAUCAUCAUCAUCUUCAACAUCUUCAACAUCAACAUCAACAUCUUCCUCAUCAAACUCAUCAUCAUCAUCACCAUCGUCAUUUUCAACAAUGAGACGUGGUACAAAUACAGCAACACUUGGCUCUGGUGAUAAUCGUUUUGUAUUUAAACGAAGAUUAUUUCGUAAUACACGUGAGCUAUCACAAGAUCCAGUUGAAGUUAAUAUGCUUUAUUCACAAGCAGUAUAUAAUGUUGUUAAAUGUGAUGAUUUUCCAGUAUCAGAAAAAGUUGCAUUACAAUUGGCUGGCUUACAGGCACAAGUUGCACUUGGUGAUCCAAAAGAUAAUGAUAGACUUGAUUACUACAGUGAAGUUGAUUGUUUUUUGCCAUAUAGAAUAAGUCGUGCACGUGGUGAUGAUGUAUGGAUACCAAUAAUAGCACAAGCACAUAAACAAUAUGGUGCAAGUCGUUCUGAGCUAACAGCAAAAGUACUCUAUCUAUCAUGUGUCAUGCAGUAUCCACUGUAUGGUACAACAAUGUUUAACGUAACAUAUCGUGGCUAUUGGUCAUAUGGUAAUCAACUUAUACUUGGUAUUAAUUGUGAUGGUUUAAUGCUAAUAAAACCAGAUGAUAAAUUUGUACUAUCAGAAUAUCGUUAUCAAGAUGUUGAAAGUAUUAUGUUAGAUCCAUCUGAUUCAUUUAUAACACUGUCAUUGUUGAGACAUAAUCCAGAUAGUUCACAUAAAUGUUUUGUAUUUGAAACACCACAAAAAAAUGAAAUAGGAAGUCUCAUUGUUAGCUAUUGUCCGUCAUUGGCUGGUUGGAUAACUGAAAAUGAAGGACAAACUAAAAAAAUUAAAUGUAUUACAAAUGAAGAUCGUGUACGUUUAUAUCAUAAUUUAAUAAAUUGUCGUAGAGCACUUGUUGAUAGUGAUAUACUUAGAAAACCACAAGAUUCUGGUGUUGGAUUUUUACGUAGUACAUUGAGACGUUUGUCGAAACAUAGAAUUGAAAAAUUAAGACAAGAACAUGGUAGUCAUGGUACUGAUAAUGGUGAAACAUAUAAAGGUUUUCCACAUGGUUAUUGGGCAUUUAGUCGUCAAUUAAUAACUCAAAGUUUAACAAAAUUACCAGAUACUGAAGAGCCAAUUGCUUUAAAUGUAUUUCAACUUAUAUUAACAUAUGCUGGUCUUGGACAAAAUGGUGAUACUGUACGUCGAGUUGAAGAUGAACAUGUUAAUUUAAUACAAAGUGUUAUGGAACGUUGUAUGAGAAAAGAGGUAUUACUUGGUGAAUUGUAUUUACAAUUAAUAAAACAAACAACAGAUCAUCCAGAUCCAAAUAGUCGUGUUAAUUUACGUCAUUGGGCAUUAUUAUCAUUAGCAUGUUCAGUAAUAUUACCACCACAAAAACCAAUUAGAAAAUAUUUAAUGUCACAUCUUAAACGUUGUUCAAGUGAUUAUGUUACUGAAGAAGGUAAAUAUUCAAGAUUUGCUGAAAAAUGUUUAUACAAAACCCAAGGUACACGUAGACGUCAAUGGCCACCAAGUCGUGAAGAAAUUAUGUGUACAAUUAAUAGAAGACCAAUAUAUGCUAGAUUUCAUUUUAUGGAUGGUCAAUAUCAUGCUGUUGAAUUUAAUCCAUCAGCAACAGCACGUGAUGUUAUGGAAAUAAUAAAAGCUAAAAUUGGACUUGGUGAAAAUGCUAUGGGUUAUGCUAUUUAUGAAGUAUUGGGAUCAACAGAUAGAUCAUUAAUGGCUGAUGAAAAAAUUGCUGAUGUUAUGUCAAAAUGGGAACGUUAUAGAAAUGCAACAAAUGCUGCUGCUGCUGCGGCUGUUGCUGCUGCUGCUGCUUCAUCUAAUAAUUCACCAAAUAAUAUGAUACAACAACAACAUCAACAUCAACCACAACAACAACAUCCACGUAAACAUGGUCAUCAUUUAUUUUUAUUUAAAAAACAUCUUUUCCUUGAUCAAUACAUGAAUCUUGAUGAUCCAGUUGAAAAAGAAUUAUUAUAUCAUCAAGUAUUACAUGAUUUACGUGCUGAUCGUUUUCCAAUAACUGAAAAAGAAGCAAUGAUGUUAACAGCCCUACAAGCACAACUUGAACUUGGUGAUUGUCAAGAUAAUAAUGGUCCAUUUAAUGGACAAGAAUAUCGUACAAUAUCUAGUCAUUGUUUACCAGCAAGAAUUGUACCAAGUAUAUCUGUUGAGGGUGUUGUACAACAUCAUCAAUCAUUACGAAAUAUGAAUUCAUCUGAAGCCAAAAAAGCAUUUCUUAAUUUUAUACAAUCAUGGCCACUUCAUAAAGCAACAAUAUUUGAUGUUAUGCAAUCAUUUACAUCAAAUUGGCCAAGAGUACUUUGGCUUGCUGUUGAUCAAGAUGGUCUUCAUUUACUUGAGCAUCGUUCAAGAAAUGCAUUAUGUACUUAUGAAUACAGUAGUAUUCUUAGUUUUAGUCCAGCAGUUAAUUGUCUUAUGAUUAUUACUGGAACAGAUAAAAAACAAAGCAAAGUCAUACUAACAACAUCUCAGGCAUGCCAAAUAGCAAAUUUAAUUCGUGAAUAUACUGAAGUCCUGCAGAUGCCACCAGAAGUGCCAAAACAUGCAACAACAAUAUCAUCACCAUCAUCACAAAUAGUGAAUCAACAUUUACAGCAAACAAUAAAUACAACAGCUGUAUCAUCAUCAGCAGCACCAACAAAUAAUCGUAAUAAAUCACGUCCAGCUUCAAAUACAUUACAUCGUGGUGCUCCAGUUAUUCAUUCACAAGCUGGAUAAAUUAUUAUAAAUCAUUAUAAAUAAUUAUUAACCAAUGAGGCCUAUCUGCAUUGUGACUGUACUGUUAUCACCGGAGGAUGAUUUAUUUCAAUUGUAAUUAAUAUUUUUAAUUAUAUAUAUUAACUCGCAUAGGUAUAUAUUAUCUCUUCCAUUAUUUAUUAUCUAAGUUUAAAAACAAAAAAAAAACAAUUGUUAUAUUUAAACAAAAUACGACUUAUUGUCACAAAAAAACAAAAAAAAAACUGCCAUAGAAUUUAAUUCUCAAAGACCGUGGAACCAAAGUUGACUUGAUAAUACAAUUUCUUUUUUAAAUCACUUUUUUUGUACAAAAAAACAAAAAUUUACACUUUAAAUAAUUAUUAUUAAAUUGUCUUUCUAAUUAUUAUUAUUGAUAGAAAAAAAUAGUUGAAAUAAUUACAAAAAAAAAAAUAAAUUAACACCUCGUUGUAUCAUAUCAACAAUGAAAAAAAAAAAACAAAGAAAUAUUAAAUAUAUUAUAACAAGUAUUAAAAUAAUUAAUGAUGAACGAUUGUUGAGGCAAGUGUGUGCCUUUUGAGUACUUGAAUUAUUAUUAAUUACUUAAUUAAUUAAUAAAUAAUAAUAAUAAUUGUACAGAUUUUAAUAAUUGACUAUAUAAUUUAGUGUAUUUAAAUUAUUUAAUAGAAGCUACUCAAUGCUACUGCUAUUAUUAUUGUUAAUAAAUUAAUAAAUACUAGUUUAUUGAUAUUUAUCAAAUGAUAAUUUAUUAUUAUUAAUAGUUUAUGGAUAAUAAUAAUAGUAACAUUGUGUAUAAAUAAUUUAAAUAAACUUUUAAUGAUUUUUAAUUUAAAUGUCAAAUUAAUCUCAAUUAUUGUAAUUUUUUAAAUAUGAUUAUUAUUAAUCAUAGUUGUUACAAUAAAUGAUUUUUUUUUUAACAUUUAAAUUGAAAAUAAAAUCGUUACCAUAAAUAGCUUGUAGUUAUAUGAUCAUGGGCGUUGUGAAAAUAAAAUAAAAAAUAAAUUAAAAAAAUAAAUAUAAAUAAUAUUAAUAAUUAUAUUUAUUUAUAAAUGAGUCAAAUUUAUUAUGUAUAGUUGAAAAAUAUAAUUGUUUGAAAAAUGAAAAAUAAUGAUUUUAAAUGCUGAUAGGGUUUUUUUUUAAAUUAAUAGAAUAAUUUAGGUUGUGAAAUGAAUUAUUGUCAUUAAUAAUUAGUAAUAUUAUUUAAGUUAAUUUAAUAAUUUUAUUAUGAAUAAUAUAAACCAAUAUUUAAUUGGCAAUCAAGGCUGUUAUAUGCGAUACAAUCCACACUGAGCUGCAAAUUGGCCCAAAGACUUAUAUAAAUAUACUUACAUAUUAUUUUUUUUAAUUAAAAAAUUUACAAUUUAUUAUUGUAAAAUGAAAAACAAAAAAAAAACAUUUUUGUCUGAAUUGAAUUUUAAUUUAUAAUAAUAACAAUUGUUUUUUUUUUUUUUUAUUUAAAUUUUCAUAUGUAUUUGUCGAAAUAGUUGAUUUAGAUAUAUAAAAAUAAAUAAAAGUAUACACAUAAAUUUGAUGAGUUUUUUAAAAUAAUUAAUUAAAAUAAUUAAAAUAACAUUCGAUUUAUUUGAUGAAAAAUAAAAAAUAAAAAAAGGAGAGACCUUUGGACUUUAAUUCGAAAUGCGGUCGUUUUAUUGAAGAACAAAUAAUAGUGUGUUUUGGA